AUGUACGACAAAAUAGUACUUAUUUUACUUAUUGUUUCGUUAACUUAUGAAAACGCCGACGGAAGAAAAUUGAAGAGAAUUCAAAAACCAAAAGACACGGAUAAUACGGACCCACAACCUAAUGUUUUAACAUAUUCCACUUUCGGCUUUAACGACGUUGCGUCCUACGAUGGGCUUGUUCCAACUUCACCAGAUAAUGCAAAUUAUCUCACCAAAUACAAGGAGACGUCAGAGAAAUUAUACGCUCCGGCGUUUCCGUCGGCCCUGGAUUCAGAUUUUUCAAGUAAUUCUCAGUCUUUAAACGAAGAGGCGACUGGUGGUGGUGAUGGUGCAACAGCAACAAGUAUGUCACAAUUUAAUUCUGUAAAUAAUUACAGUCCUUCUAAUUUUAAUUCAGAGAACAAUUCAAAUAAGAACUCGGUCUCUGAUGUAGAUUAUAGUCAAAAUUUAGCAGAAAAUAAUAGGAUAGUUUAUGGGUCAAAGAUAAGCACUGCGAAUAAAAAUAUGUCAUCUAACUGGUAUAAUGAUGCAGAACCUAAUAAUGGAAUAUUGUAUCAAAAUGAACAUAAAUUUUCAACUUACCGUGAAUCCCCUUUGUUCAAUGGAAACCUACCAUCGUACAGUGAGUCCAAUAAUAAUAAUAAUAAUCAAUUUAUUAACAAUUACGCCACAACCUAUCCCACGACGGAAAUAGAAAAUUCAAUGAAUGCCGAAAAUAUGCAAAUCUUAUCAAAGUUUCCUAAUGUCGGGGAUUUCACGAAUACUAAAUCAUAUGAUACAUUUGAGUCGGAAAAUAAACAUUCGUUGGCUUCACCAAAACCAUUGGAUACAUUCAACUCUAUAGUAAAUAGCGUAGAUGACGAUAGGCUUAGUAACUAUUACGAAGAUCAUAGUAAUAAAUUAAUAAAAAUACCUACAAGUUUUAAAAAUACGUUUGGAAACAAAGGAAUUGAGAAUAUUAUUUCAUCGAAACAACACUUAAACACUAAUCAGGGAUAUUUAAGUAAACAUUCAAAUGUCAAAAAUAAAAAGUUAAAUAAUGACUAUAAAGAUGAACAGAAAACUAAUCCUUGGAUCCUUGAAAAUGGCAAUAAUUAUGUUCACAAACGCAUUAAAAACGAUAAGAACGGUUAUGAAUAUGCGACAAAUUUUAGCAGUACAAAUUUCAAGUUUGAUGAAAAUGAACCCAAAAACCAUUUCAAUUCUAAUGUCGAUGAAAUUAUCCCAUCAAUUAGUAAUAUUAACGAUUUUCCAAAUUACAAGUUUCCUGAAACCGAUUAUUUAAAUUUCAAAGCUCAUCCCAGCUUCAAAACUACGUUUAACAGUGACAACAAAGAUGAAUUAUCUUACAAUAUAGGAAAUAAAUAUAACCCAUCCUCUGAUUACUUAAACAAAUUUAAAAAUGUGUACAGUAAUGUACCGACUUCUGCAACAAAUUGGGGAAAUAUUUUUAAAUCCACGGACUACUCAUCUUAUAAAAAACAUAUUCCGAAACCUCAAUUUAACGAUGAGGAAAACUUUGACAUUCUGCACUUACCAAAGAGACAAAAUAAUUAUAGACAUGUUAAAGAUUCAUCCGAAAGUAUUGCGAACGAUAGGCCGAUAUACAAUAACAAGCCGAAUAUAUUUCAAAGGCCGAAAAAUGAAUGGAGUAACGAAAAUUUUAAUAACAGAUUCAAAUCAGAAGAGGAUUUAUUAGGGCUGAGAAACCAUGAUACUUCACACCCCACUUAUCUGCCAUCAUUUCAAUACCCUGACAACCCUGAGGAAAGUUUCAAAACUGUCGUAGAAAAAUGGAGAGAGAACUAUAUUAAAUCAAAGUAUCAUGAUACUCCAACGUAUGAUUAUGAAGCCUCCGAAGUAAAACACUUUCAGGCAUCAAAUCCCUAUCAAAUACAACCGCCACAUCCGGUGAUAGUACCAGUACCGCAACCUUAUCCGGUACGAGUUCCAGUAGCAAAGCCGGUCGCAGUGCCGGUCAUGCGGGAGAUAACCGUACCGAUAGAGAAGCCAGUAUUGUAUCCUGUCUACAAAAAGGUUCCAUAUCGCAUUGAGAAACUGGUGCCCGUACCUGUUGAAAAACAGGUAGUCUUACCAGUAGUAAAACCGUAUCCGGUACCAGUUCCUCAAGUUAAGCCGGUGUUCCAUCACUCACGGCCCUAUCGCGACGAGUUCGACUUGGAACAGGACUUUGAUGACGGCGAUGAAUACCUUCCGCGACCCGAAAGCAGUAAAGUUGUGUAUAAUAAAAGACCUAAAAGUCCACGCCAUCGUUCACGAAGACCAUCACGUAUGCCCUACCAAGAACGCAGUAAGGGAAAGAGACCGCAGCGUCGACCGAACGGCUCCCGCGAGAAGGAUUAUCAUCGCUAUGUGCAAUCUCCUCUAACAGAUUACCAGCGCUUCAGGAACCACGAUGGCGACUUUGAUGACGAACGUGAAUACAAAGACUACUUACUUUACUGUAAAAGAACCGGUAAUUGUUAG